UGUGGUUGAAUUCAAUUCAAAUCUAAAAAUGUCUUCAUUUGACCGCUUCUGAAAAUUUUCACGAAUCGUCGAUGUGACGCACCAAUCAUCUUGCGACUGUUUGACCUUCAAGUGCUCGCAACCUCCGUCAGUGAACGAUAGUCCUGAAGCGUUGCCACUCUGUUUAGGUCUCCAUACGAUUUUUUACAAUUGCCAGCAAUACGUAUAUCUACUCUAGACCACAACUUGUCAACUUCCGAAUGUCAUUACUGAAGUAGUUCUGAACAACUUUUUUGGUGUUUGUAUCCUGCUUGUUAUCAUAUUUUUAUUUCAGACUGCAUCUCUGACCACAAGAUCACAUACUUAACUUGCUGAACAAAUACCUAUGAACUACACCUUUGUUUUCUUGUGCUAUCGUUCAUCAUUGAGGUAAGAGCACCCUCAGACUACAAGUGCCACAUCACUGAUGACUUUAAUACACUGAGAAAAAUCAAGCAUAUUUUAUUUGCUCUGGACAGCAAUAAAGGGCUAGAGUUUACUUCAGUAUUUAUGUGAAAAAAGGCUAUAAAUAUCCUAUAGUAGUUACUACAAUUAUCAUUUCUUUAAUAAAUACAGAAGUUUAACAAAUUUCUUAACGAGUAAUCCGAAUACGUUAAUUUUCGAUCGUAAAAUGUCAGCUUCUGAAGCAUGCAAAAAGUCUCUUGUUACCUUGGAGUCACACCUUAGAGACGAACAUACUAAUUCAGAAACUUUGAAAUUUUCUGCUAACAGCGUACUUACAGUUGAUGGAAAGAAACCAAGUCCACUAGAGGAAGUCGAAAUUUUGGAUACCAUAGCUACGUACAUAAUGCUGAAAAACGAAGAGGAUGUGAAGUAUCGUUUGUUCUUCGAAGUCUUUCCUGCUGAUAAGGAUAUUAGCACUGACUGUUUGUACUUCCUGAUAAAAUUAUCAUCGUUAGCUAUUUGUCUUGGGCUAUCCCCAGUACUCGAAAUUGUUUCUUUGUGGCUAAAGGUCCGAGUUUGCCAACUUUAUGCUUCCUCAGCACUACAGUCAGCUAAUUAUUUACCUUACAUUUCGUAUGAAAUUAUUGAGGAGUUUGUUACAGCGCUUACAUCCGAUAUGCUCAGUAUACAGGCAUCUCCAUUAACUUCGAAUCCAACAUUGUCGAAAAACGAUAUUAUCCAGAGUGGAGAUCCAAACAAAGACAACCCAUUAUACACUAUCCCAUCAGUAUCACCUGUAUUCGCAGACGCAUUUUUGUCUGGAGUUACUUUGGUUUAUGGGUUCUAUCCUUCCCUAAAAUCAUCCGUUUGCAAUUUUCCUGUAACGCACGAAGCAACCAAAAUUCCUCCUCCGCAGAUUAUUUUAUGUAUCUCCAACUGGUUAAGACUUUCGAGGAUUUCGAAGCAGCAUCAACCUGGAACUAAUCCACUCAGCAGCUGGACCAGUAUAGAUUGGCCAAGUGCAGCUAGACGUUAUAAGUUUCUCAACCAUCCCCGCUUUUCUGUUGAUCAGAUUUUGAUGUUUCAACCACCUCCCCCACUUUGCCUAAUAUGGUGGACUAUUUUUGAACCACUAAGACAUAUAAUGCGUUACUCUUGCAAAUCGAAACAAGAUGACAGUGGCAAGUUGAUAUCCAGCUGUAUUUCAGAACUACAUUAUGAACUUCUGCAGUGUUUGUCAGAACCUGCCAGUCUUGCUUCCCACCGUCAUGGCAGUGGAGUUCCCGGACAGUCUGGAUUUUCAACUUGGCUUCUUACAUGUUCGCGAAAGAUGGAGUAUACAAAAGAAUUUUACUAUAUGGAAUCAAUGAUUACUCAAGUUCAUGAACAGUGUAACUUGAUUAGUUCGCUACCGAAACAUGAAUCGUCAGGGGAUAAACAAAUUGAUUUUUUAGAACUAAUGAUCAUUCGAUUAGCAGAAUUUAUGCAAAUUUGUUGGGUUAGUGGACGGAUACGCAAUUUAAGUUCAGAUGAGUUUUACAAACUUCUUGCUCCAUUAGGAUGUCAUAGUUGGAUUGAUCUUAUUCUUACACGUUUCAAAAGAUAAUUACGUCUCCCUGUUAAGUGUGUACAUCCCAUGUAUUAAAAAAGAAAUGGAAAUUGUAUUAAAA